AACUCUUAUCAAGUUGAACUUUCAGCACACUUGAAAGGGAGAGGCAUACAUAAUCUCUCUCAUGCCUUGCUGCUAAGAAUACAUAAACCAAAUGAUGACCAGCUCUUUCCGGGGCGAACAGAUGCACAAGUAACCAUAUUGGAUGCAGACACCACCAAAGGCCUGGAAUGGGCAGUGGAUAAAAUUAUUGCCCACAAAGGCAAAGGCCGAGGCACCACUUUUGAACCCAUCUGGCAGGCGGGUGAUCACACG